AGAUGAAGUAUACCACAGAUGUAAACAAGGGACUCACCACCACAUUUGCCCAGCAAGUCUUGGAGCGCGACGGUUUCAACGAGCUCAAACCCCCCAAGGGCACACCGGAGUACGUGAAGUUCGCCCGGCAGCUGGCAGGAGGGCUGCAGUGCCUGAUGUGGGUGGCGGCUGUCAUCUGCUUCAUCGCCUUUGGCAUCGAGCUUGGCAAGGGCGAACCCUCUUGCUACGACGAUUUGUAUUUGGCCAUUACCCUGAUUUCUGUGGUGGUGGUGACAGGGUGCUUUGGAUACUAUCAGGAAUUUAAAAGUACAAACAUCAUUGCCAGUUUCAAAAAUCUGGUGCCACAGCAAGCUGUGGUGAUUCGAGAUGGUCAGAAAAAUGAGAUUAAUGCCAACAUGUUAGUGGUGGGUGAUCUGGUGGAGAUCAAAGGUGGUGACCGAGUCCCUGCCGACAUCCGCAUUAUCACCUCACAAGGCUGUAAGGUAGACAACUCGUCUCUGACAGGCGAGUCGGAGCCGCAGAGCAAGACUCCAGAGUACACCCACGAGAGUCCCCUGGAGACGCGAAACAUCGCCUUCUUCUCAACCACCUGUCUAGAGGCCAUCUUGGUUUUGACCUUUCUAUUAUCUUCUGUCUCUUCAGGAGUUGCCACUGGAAUUAUUGUCAACACAGGUGAUAGGACAAUCAUUGGGCGAAUUGCCACUUUGGCCUCAGGAGUGGGAAAUGAGAAGACACCUAUUGCCAUUGAGAUCGAGCACUUUGUGGACAUCAUUGCUGGCCUGGCUAUCUUCUUCGGGUUCACGUUCUUUGUGGUGGCCAUGUUCAUUGGUUACGCCUUCCUGGAAGCCAUGAUUUUCUUCAUGGCCAUUGUGGUCGCCUAUGUGCCAGAGGGUCUGCUGGCUACUGUUACUGUGUGUCUGUCUCUCACGGCCAAGCGUCUGGCCAGGAAGAACUGUGUGGUGAAGAACCUGGAGGCUGUGGAGACCCUGGGCUCCACCUCAGUCAUCUGCUCCGAUAAGACUGGCACGCUGACCCAGAACAGGAUGACCGUGGCCCAUCUGUGGUUUGACAACAUGAUUCAUGCUGCUGAUACAACAGAAGACCAAUCAGGCCAAAGCUUCGACCAGUCAUCAGAGACAUGGAGAGCCCUAGCAAGAGUAGCUGGUCUUUGCAACCGAGCCACCUUCAAACCCAACCAAGAAACUGUCCCUGUGCCGAAGAGACUUGUUGUGGGUGAUGCCUCAGAAACAGCCCUACUGAAGUUUACAGAACUGACUGUAGGCAAUGUAGUGGACUACAGGGCUAGGUUCAAGAAGGUCACUGAGGUGCCAUUUAACUCCACAAACAAGUUUCAGCUGUCAAUGCAUGAGCUGGAUGACCCACUUGACCUGCGCUACUUGCUGGUGAUGAAGGGAGCCCCAGAGAGAAUCCUUGAGCGCUGCUCCACCAUUUUGAUUAAGGGCCAGGAGCUCCCCCUGGAUGAGCAGUGGAAGGAGGCCUUCCAGACGGCCUACAUGGAUCUGGGAGGCCUGGGGGAGAGAGUGUUGGGCUUCUGUCACCUGUACUUGAACGAGAAGGAGUUCCCCCGUGGCUUCAAUUUUGACCCCGACGAGAUGAACUUCCCCACCGCUGGCCUCUGUUUCGCCGGUCUGGUCUCCAUGAUUGAUCCGCCCCGUGCCACUGUGCCUGACGCCGUCAUGAAGUGCCGUACUGCUGGGAUUCGGGUAAUCAUGGUGACAGGAGACCAUCCAAUUACUGCAAAGGCUAUCGCAGCAAACGUUGGCAUUAUUUCCGAGGGAAGCGAGACAGUGGAGGACAUUGCUGCCAGAAAGCGAAUCCCUGUAGAGCAGGUCAAUAAGAGAGAUGCCCGUGCCUGUGUGAUCAACGGUGGUCAGUUAAAGGACAUGAGCAGUGAGGAUCUGGACGAAGCCCUGAGGAGCCAUCCAGAGAUGGUGUUUGCCCGCACGUCCCCCCAGCAGAAGCUCAUCAUCGUGGAGAGCUGCCAGCGCCUGGGCUCUAUUGUGGCUGUGACAGGGGACGGAGUGAACGACUCGCCCGCCCUGAAAAAGGCAGACAUUGGCAUUGCCAUGGGCAUCUCUGGCUCUGACGCUGCCAAGAAUGCUGCCGACAUGAUCUUGCUGGAUGACAACUUUGCCUCUAUUGUGACAGGGGUGGAGCAGGGUCGCCUUAUUUUUGACAACCUGAAGAAGUCUAUUGCCUACACUCUGACCAAGAACAUUCCAGAGCUGACCCCGUACCUUAUUUACAUCACCGUCAGUGUCCCACUACCUCUCGGCUGCAUCACCAUCCUCUUUAUUGAGCUGGCCACUGACAUUUUCCCCUCGGUAUCUCUGGCCUAUGAGAAAGCAGAGAGUGACAUCAUGCAUCUCAAACCAAGGAACCCCCGCAGGGAUCGGCUUGUGAACGAAGCUUUGGCUGCCUACUCAUAUUUCCAGAUUGGAGCGAUCCAGUCUUAUGCUGGCUUCACUGAUUACUUCUCCGCUAUGGCCCAGGAGGGUUGGUACCCGUUGCUAUGUGUGGGUCUCAGGGCACAGUGGGAAGAUGUCCAUCUACAAGACCUGCAGGACAGUUAUGGCCAGGAAUGGACUUUCAACCAACGUCUGUACCAGGAGUACACCUGCUACACUGUCUUCUUUGUCAGUAUUGAGAUCUGUCAGAUUUCUGAUGUCCUGAUCAGAAAAACUCGCCGUCUGUCUGUCUUCCAGCAAGGCUUCUUCAGAAACAAGGUCCUGGUAUCUGCUAUUGUUUUCCAACUGUGUCUUGGUAACCUGCUCUGCUACUGCCCUGGCAUGCCAAACAUAUUCAACUUCAUGCCCAUUCGAGUGCAGUGGUGGUUUGUGCCACUGCCCUACGGAAUCCUAAUCUUUGUCUAUGAUGAGAUCAGGAAACUUGGAGUCAGGAGACAUCCAGGAAGCUGGUGGGACCAGGAGUUGUAUUACUGAAAGAAGACUGUUUAUCUAAAUAUUACUAAUCUAAAUAAUUAUUACUGUUAUUUUAUUCAAAUAUUCAACACAAAUGAAAAAUAUUAUUAAGGUUUUUGAAAGCCUGAAAGUGUCAGUAUAAGAACCGAAAUGCAUGUGUUAAGUAAAGCAUGAUAUUGUAAAAGUGUAGGCCUAUCGGUAGGAAGCACUAUCAACAUUGUAGCUAUAGGCCCAGGUCGAAUUUCCUGAUGACCGCGUUCUUUCUUUCAAGACUUCACUGAAAUUCAAAAUUGUUAGCAUAAUUGAGAGUGUGGUUUUUCACUGUAUUCUUUGAAAUCAUUUGUGAUGUGCCUGUUUUAAUCGUUAGACUUUGCUUAUGUACAACAUGUUUUAGAAAAUCUGACAGAUAGGUGUGUAGGAUGUGUGUGUGAUAGCUCAUUGUUUGAAAGAUCUCUGUAACCUGUUCAAUGUAACAGCUGAAUGUGACAAGUUGACUGGCCUAAAUUAACAACUACAUUUUUACAAAUAAAUUAG